AUGAUAAAUAAUGAAUCAAGAAAUUAUAUAGAUAAAAUUGACCAUGAAAAAUUAUUUCCUUUACGAGCAGCUUUAUUUUUACCAAAAGCUUUCAAAAAUUCAAAUAAAAACUUACUAGCAACUAUUGAAUCAGUGAUGCCAAUCUUAGAUAUCGCAAUAAUAGAUGCACAUAAAAAAUAUUUAAGUAAAUGGACUAAAAAAAGAUAUUGGAUGAAAGUUAAAGCAUUCCCAAUUUCUGAAUGUGAAGACCAAAAAACUGCUGCAUGGAGUGCUUUAAAAGCCUUAGAAUGGGCUACCAUAGAAAAUUUACAUGCAUCUUUUGGUCCUUCUUGCGAUUAUGCAUUAGCUACAAUUAAUAGAAUUUUAAGUUUUUACGAGGUUCCAAUGUUUUCAAAUGCUGGUUUUACAGAAUUUUUUCAUGAUAAAAAUUUAUCAUACCUUACAAGAAUUGGAAUUAUAAUGGAAAAAAUUGAAAAUUUAAUAGGUGAUUUAUCGCAAAUGUAUAAUUGGAAAAAAUUACAAUUACAUUAUCAAAAAAAUUUUUGGCAUACUGAAUUAUUAGAAAAUAGUUUUUGUAAAAUUAUAAUGAAUGAUAUUUAUGGUCGUUAUUCAGGAAAAAUGAAUGUACAAUAUAGUAUAUUAACAAAAAGUAAUUAUCGUGAUUAUCUUAAAGCAAAUGUAGGAGUUGAAUAUGGAAUAUUACUUGUUUGUAUUUUUAUUUUUACAUUAUUUGUUAAAAAUUAUUGUUAUGGUCCAAAUAUUGAAUAUUUAGAAAAGAAAAUACACAAUGGAAGGGAAGAAUUUUUAGAUUUAUUGGAAAAUAAAUAUAUUUUUAGUGAAUUGAUGGAUAAUUCUAAAAAAAGUACUAAUUUAUGGAAUAAUAUUAAAGAAAAUUUUAAAAUUAAUGAUAAGCAUGAUAAUGUUUAUAAAAUGGAAAAAAGCAUUACUCAUAAUACAUAUCAUAUUGAUAAAGAAGAUAAAAUUAUAGAAAGACAUCAUAAGAAAAAAAAUCGUAAAAAAAGAGGAAGUAAUAAAAAUAUUUCAAAAUUUAAAAAUGAUUAUGAAACAGAACCAUUUUUUGUAUUAAUUCCAUUACCUGAAAAAGCAAAUGAAGCUCCUGAAUGUAAAUAUAGAAACCCUUUUAAUCUUGAUUUGUUAUCUGUUAGACCAGUUGUUGAAGAAGCUAUAGAAGAAAUACAAAAUAAAAUUUUUGCUAAUAGAAAUAUAAGAAUUAUUCCCUUUUUUAAUGAUACUAAAUGUUCUGAUGCUAUUGGACCUAAUUUUGCUGUUGAAUUAUAUAAACAAGAAAAACUUGACUGUAUUAUUGGGUAUGCUUUUGUUUAUUCAUUAGCAACAAUUAGUAGACUUUCAACAUUAUGGAAAGAUGGAAUACCAAUUAUAUCACCUAUUGGAUUAACAUCUAAUUUAGAUAAUAAAACGGAGUAUAAAUAUUUAACUAGAAUUACGGGAUCAUAUAAAGGUGUUGGUUCUGCAACAUCUAAAAUUAUGAAAACAAUUAAUAUUACAAAUGUUUUGUUUUUAUUACAUGAACCACGACUAGUUAGAACUCAAGAUAUUCCAUAUUCAGAAUGUUUUCAUAUUAUUGGAUCAUUAAUAUAUGAAUUGGUAAAUAAUAACGAUUUUGUCAAAAAACAAGAUAGUUAUGAUGUAAUUGAUGAAACACUUCAUAAUACCACCGUUUAUAAAGAAAAAUUGAAAAAGUUGAGUGUUAAAGGAAAUGGUAUGUUUUAA